AUGGCUGAAAAAGUAGGAUUGAUUCCCCGUAUUGUCUCCGCCAGUUUGAGUGGCGGCCUUCCUGUGCUGGUUUUGAUUACCGCUUUGGGCAUGGGUACUUUUGCGUUGCUGCAAACACCACGAGAGGAAGAGCCGCAAAUCGUGGUGCCGAUGUCUGACAUUAUCAUUUCGGCACCAACACUCAGCGCCCGCCAGGUGGAGCGCCUUGUCACAACGCCGCUGGAAAAGAUUCUCACCCAGAUCGAUGGAGUAGAGCAUGUCUAUUCCACCUCCGAAGAUGGUGGAGCGGUGGUCACCACUCGGUUUUAUGUCGGUGAAGAUCGCGAAGAUUCGCUGGUAAAGUUAUAUAACAAAAUAUUUUCCAAUCAGGACCUCAUUCCCCAGGCUGUCGCCAGUUGGGUGAUUAAACCCGUUGAGAUUGAUGACGUACCCAUUGUCAUUGCGACGUUGUGGAGUGAUACCCCGGCAAUUGAUGAUUAUGAGUUGCGCCGGCUGGCUGAUGAAUUGGCCAUUUCCCUGCAGGCAGUAACCGAUACGAACCGCAUUGAGGUGAUAGGCGGGCGUACCAGAGAGUUUCGUGUCGACCUGGACCCUACCGCUAUGGUUGCCCGCCAGACAGAUAUUGCGGACAUUCUGUUUGCGCUGUCGGCUUCAAACAUUCGAAGUCCUGCCGGUAACCUGCAAUUGGCUAAUGAGGAAAUAAUUGUUGAAACCGAUGCGCGUAUCCGGGACAUAAACACGCUGGCCCAGCUGACGGUGAAUGUCCUCGAUGGUGUGCCUGUGCCCCUGGAAGAUGUGGCUGAUGUGAUUGACGGGCCACCGGCGCCAACCAGCUAUCAUUGGAUUGGCUUCGGACCUGCUCAUGCCCAGCACGGGGCGCAGCAGUAUCCUGCUGUGCAUAUUGCGAUAGCCAAGAAAAAAGGCAGCAAUGCGGUCAAAGUGGCGCAGGAUCUGGGUGAACAUUUAAAUAAAGCUGCACGUGAACUGUUUCCGGCUGGGGUGCAUUUCGAAACCACCCGCGAUUAUGGUGCCACCGCGGAUCAGAAGAUUGGAGAUCUGGUUUCCAGUCUUGGCGUGGCGGUGGCAACGGUUGUGGUGUUGAUUGGUUUUAUUCUCGGCUGGCGGGCGGCUUUAGUGGUCGCGCUUGCAGUACCCAUCUGUUACGGCUUGACGCUCACGUUAGGCUAUUUUGCCGGCUACACCAUUAAUCGAGUGACGUUGUUUGCGCUGAUUCUGGCAUUGGGAUUGCUGGUUGAUGAUCCGAUCACCGGUGUAGAUAACAUCGAGCGCCAUCUUGGGCGUACUACUUCGUCGGGUUCCGAUAUUGUUAACGCCAUGAGCGAGAUACGCAUGCCCCUGCUCAUGUCUACGCUUGCUGUAAUCAUUGCCUUUGCGCCUAUGUCUUUCAUCACCGGGAUGAUGGGCCCCUAUAUGUCGCCUAUGGCUUUUAAUGUGCCAAUUGCGGUGGUAAUGAGCACCGUUGUGGCUUUCCUUGUUACACCCUGGCUGGGUAGUUUGUUGCUUAAACCUAAACCCGGAGGACAACCCAUCAGUCGUGAUGGUCUUUACGGUGUAUACGAGCGCCUGCUGCGACCCAUGCUGGGCAGUCGUCGGAAAUCCUGGAUAUUUCUCGGUGUUACCGCUCUGCUGUUUGUACUCGCAUUGUCAUUGCCGCUGUUGCGUCUGGUACCGCUAAAAUUAUUACCUUACGACAAUAAAAACGAAUUUCAGAUUGUCGUUGAUGCACCAGAAUCGAUGUCUGUUGAAAACACAGAAGCCGUCGUUGCGAACAUUGCGACGUAUCUGCAGAACGUACCCGAAGUUCGUACGGUCAGCACUUUCAGUGGUUCACACUCACCCAUGGACUUCAACGGGCUGGUGCGACACUACUACCUGCGCGGACGCCCUAAUGAGGCGGAAUUGCGGGUGACCCUGGCGGAUAAGCUGGCCCGGUCAGAUCAAUCCCAUGCGCUUGCUCUGCGUCUAAGACCAGAACUGGCGUUAAUCGCACAAGCGCAUGGCGUUGUUGUAAAGCUGGUCGAAGUGCCGCCGGGUCCGCCUGUUGUGGCCACGCUUGUUGCUGAACACUACGGCACCCCGACGACGGAUUACCAGACGUUGAUUGAUGCAUCUCUUUUUACUGCGGCGAGGCUCCGUCAGGAACCUGGCGUUGUGGAUGUUGAUGUCAGUGCUGCUGAGCCGUCUCUGCGGCAUGUAUUUGUGCCUGAUCAGGAGAAAGCCGGACUGUCGGGUAUCAGCUCGCAAACCAUCGCCACUGCGUUAAGCAUUGCCUCUUUGCAGGUGGAAGGUCUGCCAGGAAUCGCAAAAGUUCGCGGUCGUGGCGGCGUCACUAAUGCACCCACGCCCAUGGUGGCUCUGGGUGAGCUGGGAUCCAUGCAGACCCUGGCACGAGAUCAGCCGGUUUAUCACAAAGAUCUGCAGCGAGUGACGUAUACCUUUGCCGAGGUGGCCGGGCGGGUACCGGCUGCCAUUAUUUAUGACAUAGAUGCGGAUCGGGAUUUGCACGCUGGCUCGACAACACUACCGCGUGACGUGAAACAGCGAACUUAUUUUUCACCAGGCGGCGGGCUGGCCUGGCAUUUGCCUGCAGGUGUAAACCUGACCUGGGCAGGUGAAGGGGAGUGGGAUAUUACUUUGCGCGUCUUUCGUGAUUUAGGCAUCGCAUUUGCUGUGGCGAUUCUUGGUAUUUUUGUUGUUGUACGCCUGCAAACCAGUCUGUCUGCGUUGACAGGGAUCAUCAUGUUGUCCAUACCCCUGACAGCCGUAGGCAUCAUGCCGGGUUUCUGGUUUCUGAAUAUGGUGGCAAGUGGUCAAGUUGGAGAAUAUGCCGAUCCUGUACUUUUCACCGCAACAGCGAUGAUCGGCAUGAUUGCGCUUGCCGGUAUCGUGGUGCGCAAUUCGCUGAUGCUGGUGGAGUUUGUGCAACAGGAUCUGGCUCGCGGGGCGCCGCUGACGCAGGCAUUGGUUAAUUCAGGGUUAGCCCGCGCGCGACCUGUUUUACUGACAGCGGGUACAACCAUGCUGGGUAAUCUCGUAAUUACACUGGACCCCAUAUUCAGCGGCCUCGCCUGGGCGGUUAUCUUCGGGGUUCUUGCGUCAACCGCCUUCACCCUGUUUAUCGUCGCCGGCACGAUACAGGCCACCAGCGACACCAUUUUAGCUUCGCGAAUCAUGGCCACUAUUCUUCGUGUCAAUGUCAGAGCUGGUGAUUCGGUCAGUGUAGAUGAUGUGCUGAUUGAGUUAGAUAAUGAGGCAUUGCUUGCGGUGCUUGAACAGCGUGUGCAGGAAGCUGCAGCUGCGAAAGCCGCGCUCGAGGAAGCACAGCUCUAUCAGACUCGAACUGAAUCGCUGCGGGCUCAGGGCAAUGUGUCCAUCGCUGCGUUGGAUCAGGCGGUGACGGCAACCCGUCGUGCUGCUGCUUUCGAAGAGGCCGCCCAGCGAGCGGUGGCAGAAGCGAAAGCGGCAAUGAACUAUGCCGUCAUACGUGCCCCUAUGAGCGGUACGGUGGUAGAACAUUUUGCUGAAGCGGGCGAUAUGGCCUCGCCGGGACAACCGCUGCUUAAAAUUUUUAAUCCCGGACAGAUGCGUAUAGAAGCGACGCUCAGAGAGUCUUUGAUUGGUUAUGUGCAAUUGGGCACAGAGCUUGAAGCUUACGUUGAUGCUAUGGGGGAUAAACUGGUCGCCGUAGUUGAAGAGAUUGUGCCGUCAUCAGACCCGACAUCGCGGACGUUUGUAUUGAAAGCCAGACUCUCCAAUGCAACCGGUAUGUUUCCGGGCAUGUUCGCCAGAUUGUCAAUUCCCGUCGCAGAACAGGAAAACAUAUGGAUUCCAGCCAGCGCUGUGCAGCGGGCAGGGCAGCUCACCUUUGUCUAUGUGCGGGGCACCGGGUCUGACCAGCGUAGAUUUGUGCGGCUGGGGAAAACAGAAGCUGACCAGGUAGAGGUGGGAGUCGGCAUUUUCGGCAUCCGCGUCUUCAAGCACUUGGGCCUGACCCUGCAGCAUGAGAACCGUCGUGCCGAAGCCCGCCUGGUCAGCAAGAAGCAUAGGUCCGGUGCAGCGCAUCUAACCAUAGACGCGGUGGCGACAGCGGCGGCGGUUUCCAAAGGCGGGGUGUUGUAUCACUUUCCUUCAAAACAGGCUUUGCUUGAAGGCAUGCUGGAGUGCCUUGUCGAACAGAUAACAACGCGCACACGUACUUACCGAGAUGCCAACGCUGACGAAAAAAACGUCGCACUGAUCGCCAGAAUCAUCGAACAGCACGAGCAGACGCCUGAGCAAAAAGCGAUGUCUCGAGCAAUCCUUGCUGCCGCGGCAGAAAACCCCGAGAUGCUUACGCCAGCGCGGCAGGAAGUUCGCACAGCUUUCAAAGAAGCUGGAGAUGGAAGUGAAGCACUGGAGAUAGGUUGGAUUCUGCUGUUGGCGGUUGAAGGUCUGCGCUUCCUGGAGAUGCUGAAGUUAUUGCCUCUGCUUCCGCUGCGCGAGGGGCAGGCCGUAAGUAAAGGUACUUUGGUUGCUGCGUUAGACCCUACAGAUUUUGAGCUGGCGGUGCGUGAGGCGGAAGAACGUUUGGAUAAGAGCAGAAUUUUCGCACCCUUCGAUGCUUUUGUGGCCCGUAGAUAUGUAGACAAUCGAACAAAAGUCAGAAACGGCGACAAAAUUGUUCGUCUUUCAGAUCUAAGUGAACUAAAAGUUAUUGUUAGUCUCUCGGAAGAGUUGGUGGCAACGGUUACGCCUGAACGUGUGAUAUCGAUGACCGCAACAUUCGAUUUUCUGCCCGGACAGAAAUUUCCGUUGACCUAUCGAGAAAACACUGGAGAAGCAAACGCUGUGGCGCAAACGUUUAUGGUGACAUUCACCAUGGACAGACGCAACUUUGACUUCCCGGCCAUUUCAUUGAAUCUCGCCCGGCUGUCCAUCGACUAUCCGCUGUAUCCCUGGCUCCUCAUCAUCGCCUGUAUAGCAGGUGGCCUCUAUGGUAUCGACAAGGUUGGACGCCUUGAGGAUCCUAAAUUUCCACUCAAGCAGGCUUAUGUAGUUACUGUUUAUCCAGGCGCUUCUGCGACCGAAACUGAGCAGGAAGUCACUGACGUAAUAGAGGCUGCCUUGCAGGAGUUGCCUUAUAUCAAGCGGCUUACGUCAAAGUCGCUGCCGGGUCGAUCGGAAGUUCAGGUUGAGAUUCAAGAGCGCUACGACGACGACGAUGUGCAGCAGAUAUGGGAUGAGCUGCGUCGACGGGUCAGUGAAGCGGCUAUGCGGCUGCCACCCGGGACUCAAGGUCCCAUCGUCGAAGAUGAUUUUGGCGAUGUCUACGGCAUUCUCUAUGCCGUAUUCGCAACGGGCUAUCUUGAAAAUGAAAUAAGUGAUUUUGCCCGUCUGCUGGAAACGGGUCUGAACACCGUAGAACAUGUUGCCAAAGUCAGUACUUCGGGCGUACCGGAAGAGGCGUUGUUUGUAGAGCUUAAUCACGAACAGCUGGUGCGCCUGGGGUUGCCGACAGAUGCAGUCUUUCGCAGCAUCGGCGAGGAAAACCAGGUGAUGCCUGCAGCGUCGGUAGCCUACGGAGAUCGACGCUUGCGACUGGCCCAUACCAAUGCGUUUGAAACCGAACAGGCCAUUGGUGAAAUGCGCAUCGGUCGCCCUGGUUCCAUCGAGUUUGUGCGUCUGGGCGAAGUUGCCACAAUCCGCCGCGGUCCAGUGGAGCAACCUUCAGAGAUUAUCCGCCAUCAGGGUCAGCGGGUCUUUACCGUCGGAGUCUCUGUUGUAGAUGAUCAGAACGUAGUGGAAGUGGGUAGGGCGGUGGAUCGGCGAAUGCGCGAGAUACUAGACACUUUACCUAUCGGUGUAACCUAUGAACCAAUCUAUGCCCAGCACACAGUGGUUGAAGAUUCGCUCACCGAGUUUCAAAUCAAUCUGGGUCUUUCCAUUCUGACAGUGGUCGCGGCCUUGUGUGUAUUUAUGGGUUGGCGUGCUGGCACUGUUGUUGGCAGUGUGUUGUUACUAACGGUUCUGGGUACAGUGUCCCUCAUGACGUUUGGCGGAAUAGAGCUUCAGCGCAUCUCUCUGGGAGCUCUGAUGAUCGCCAUGGGUAUGCUUGUGGAUAACGCUAUUGUGGUGGCUGAAGGUAUGGUCACCGGUGUGCAGCGCGGUUUGUCAGCAAGGGAAUCUGCUGCUGCAUCGGUGCAGCGUACCGCUUUUCCAUUGCUGGGCGCUACCGUCAUUGGCAUUGCGGCAUUCGGCCCUAUUGGGCUCGCUGACGAUAAUCCCGGACAUUUUCUUCGAUCGCUUUUUCAGGUUGUGGCUAUCUCGCUGCUGCUCAGCUGGGUGCUGGCAGUUACUGUUGGGCCACUGCUUGGCAGUUACCUGCUGAAAGCCAACACAGCACAUUCCGAGAACGCGCUUUACAGUGGUUGGGGCUACGCAUGGAUAUUCGUUCUACCGCGGCAGAAGUUGAACGGCUUGAACCAUUGCUGCAAGCAGAUCCUGAAGUGGUUGCGGGUUAGAGAUAUCUCUAACAUUGACACGACCAGAGUACGUGUGGCUGAACUGCUGCAGAGUGAAAGCGUAGACGCCGAGUUGGCUGUCAGACCUGAUGCCCAUGUGCUGCGAGCUCUUGCUGAGCAGGCUUUAAACGUUUAUCUCACCCACGAUCUGAUUGAUCGAAAAACAGACUGGCGACAGCGUGAACUGACACUCUCUCCCCGAUUUGAUGAAAGCCGCGCACGUCAGGUUGGCAUCAGCCGCAACGAUCUGGCCACAGCCACGGCGUUCUCUACUACCGGCGUACGGAUUGGGACUUAUCGCGAUGAAGAUAAGUUGUUACCGAUUGUCGCGCGCGCCCCUCGCGCGGAGUUGAGCGACAUGCGAGCUGUGCAGGAUCGACAAAUCUGGAGUUCAGUGCAACAGGCCUAUGUGCCCUUGUCUCAGGUCAUUACCGGUGUUGAGCUGGAUGCGGAAGACAGCAUGAUUUUCAGGCGCGAGCGAACCCGCACAAUUGCGGCCCAGGCCAACCCGCCGGUUGGGCGUAAUGCCAGCCGGGUUUUUGAAGCCAUCAGGGGUGAAGUUGAGGCCAUCUUUCUGCCGCCGGGCUAUCAGUUGGAAUGGGGGGGUGAAUACGAAGCUAAUCUGGAAGCUAUGACGACGCUGACCAGCAAAAUUCCAAUGGCCCUGGGGAUAAUGCUGAUAGUUACCGUGCUUAUGUUUGGCAAGAUAAAACAGCCGUUAGUCAUUUGGCUUACAGUACCGAUGAUCAUCUGCGGCGUUGUUGUGAGCUUGCUGGCAACAGAUCUUGCGUUCACUUUUCCCUCCUUUCUCGGAUUUUUAAGCUUGUCCGGGAUGCUGAUUAAAAACUGUAUCGUCCUUGUUGAUGAAAUUGAUAAACGCCUGCUGGAAGAUGACUGGUCGCUAGAGACGAUCGCGCUUAACUCGGUGUACGCAGAUGAGGUGUUGCGUGUGACGCCGGAUGGGUUGGAUACAGCUGGCCUGUUCAAGAAGGCAAACAAAGAACGAUUUCGAAAAAAUCGAGAUGCAGGUGAUCGUAUUUCGCUGGAUUUCUGGCUAGAUACUCGACACACAAACGCGUCGGUCUCUUACGACACUGGUUUCUAUCGCAUCGCGAUAAUGUCCUCGGCGGGAGAAACAUCAUACGCUUACGGUCAAUUCCACAUCGUGUUGAAGAACAUCUAUGGCCAGUGGAAAAUCGUACAGGAUUGGGACACUGCGGCGAUUGGCGGUCGACCCAUUACGGCAGACGAUUUCAAGCGGCGGCAGCCUGCCAGAGCAAAUUUUGACGUUAACGUGACCUGGGUGCAUUUUCCUUUGCACCCGGAUACCCCGGAGGGUGGCAUCAGCAUAGAAGAACUGUUUGCCGGACGUGAUAUCGACAUCGAAGCCAUGUAUACGCGCAUGAAAACCUUGAUGGAUGAAGAGGGCCUGGCUUAUGGUCGGCGUACUCACACCUAUAACAGCCGCCUGGCGCAGGAGCUGGGCAAGUGGGCGGAUACGCAAACGGGUGGCUAUGCUGUCCACGACGCUUUGUAUAAAGCGUACUUUGUUGACGGGCGCAAUAUCGGCGAGCCUGAUGUGCUUGUUAAUAUCGCUGCCGAUGUGGGCCUGCCAGCCGACGCGGCUCGGGAGGUACUUGAGACCCGCAGUUUCAAAAUGGCGGUAGAUGCGGAUUGGGCUAAAUCACGGCAGUAUGGCGUGACCGGUGUCCCCACAUUUGUCGCCGGUGGCUACGGCGUUGUAGGCGCGCAGCCUUAUGAGACCCUGGCAUCGCUGAUGGAGCAGGGGCCUAUGAGCAUUGACGAAAACGCCGAUAUUGAAAACUGGAUCGCGCAAGAGAUCCCGGAAGACGUCAUUGAACCUGACUUGCCGAUUAUCGAUCCGCACCAUCACCUAUGGGAUCUGCGUAACCGUAACGGUAUGGGUUUUCGGCAGGAGGUCUAUCUGUGUGAGGAAAUCAGUCGGGACAUUUCUGCCAGCGGCCAUAACAUCGUACAGACAGUAUUUGCUCAAUGCGGCGCGUUUUAUCGCAGCGAUGGUCCGCAAGAGAUGCGAUGUGUUGGGGAAACUGAAUUUGUUCAUGGUAUUGCUGCCAUGAGUCGUUCAGGGAUCUAUGGACCAACACGAUUGUGUACCGGCAUCUUCAGCACUGCAGAUCUUCGUGCAGGUAGCGAUGUGGCUCGAGUGCUGGAGGCACAUUUGCACGCCAGUGAGUAUUUUCGCGGCGUCCGUACCGCAUUCCCUUCUGAUCUGAACGACAACUUUCUUAAAGGGUUCGCCCAGCUUGAGAAAUACAACCUCAGCUACGACAACUGGUCGCCAGACUUUUCACGGUUACCAAAACUUGCCGAACUUGCAAACAGAUUUCCGGCGGUGACAGUCAUCGUCAAUCACCUGGGUGGCAGGAUUGAUCCCAAUGCUGAUGAUGCUGAGUUGAAGGCAUGGCAAGCUGCGAUUGAUGCGGUUGCGGCCUGCUCAAAUACGGUGAUGAAGCUUGGUGGUGCACAAAUGCGCGUUGAUGACUGGGAGCCGCCUUAUCAUAUGCAUCAGGCGUCCGCGCCUUGGAGUUCUGACAAGUUUAUGCAGACCCUGUUACCGCGCUAUCAAUAUGCACUUGAGGCUUUUGGUCCCGAGCGAUGCAUGUUUGAAAGUAAUUUUCCGGUGGACAAAGAUUGUAUUUCUUACCGAACGUUGUGGAAUCUGUUCAAGAAGAUCGCAAAUGAACUCGGUUUGUCAGAAGCGGAGAAGCGUGAUGUUUUCAGCGGGACAGCUGCCAGGGCUUAUCGUCUUACGCCGCCGUAG